AUGAUGAUGAGAGGUGGUGAGAGAGUGAAGGAGUUUCUUCGACCCUUUGUAGAUUCCAAAGCUUGGGACUUUUGUGUUAUCUGGAAACUUGGUGAUGAUCCUUCUAGGUUUAUUGAAUGGGUUGGAUGCUGCUGCAGUGGUUGUUAUAUUGAUAAGAACAUUAAGCUUGAAAAUGCAGAAGAAGAAGAAGUUGAGAGAAAGAAAAUGGGUUCUAUAUGCAGAGAUGAACACAACAAGCAUCAUAUAAGAACCUUAGCUUGUGAAGCUCUUUCUCAUUUUCCUCUCUUCAUGCCUCUUUAUCCCGGGAUUCAUGGAGAAGUAGUGAUGUCAAAAUCUCCCAAAUGGUUGGUUAAUUCAGGUCAAGGAUCUAAAAAGGAUAUAUUCAGUACUCGGGUUCUUGUUCCUGUGAGUGAUGGUCUAGUUGAGCUUUUCUCCUUCAUAAUGAAACCUGUUGAUGAAAGCAUGGUUGAUUUGAUCAUAUCGCGUUGUAACGCCUUCUUUGAACCAUUCCCUGAGCAAAAACUGCAAUUUAGAAUCAUUCCUAGAGCAGAGGAAUCUAUGAGUAGCGGAUUGAAUCUCAGCUUUGAAGGCGGUGGCGGAUCAUCAAGCGUUUCCAAUCUUUCCAGUGAAACUCAGAAUAUUUUCGGAAGUUAUCCGAAUGCUCGUUGUAGGGAAGUUUUCAAGGAGGAACAAGCGCCGUGUUUGGUUACGAACAAGGAAGAGGAUAUCCUCGCGCAAGAGACCAUAGAUGUCAAAGCUAACAAGAAGCUACCGAAAGAAAACUUCAAAUCGAAGAAUCUUCAUUCGGAGAGAAAAAGAAGAGAUAGGAUUAAUCAAGGCCUUUAUGCUCUAAGAGCCGUAGUCCCCAAAAUCACAAAGAUGAACAAAAUUGGAAUUCUCGGUGAUGCGGUUGAUUACAUCAAUGAACUGCUAGUGAAGAAGCAGAAACUCGAAGAUGAGCUGAAUGGAAUACACGAGAUUGAAUGCAGAGAUGUAGCUGCAGAGGAAGAAUCUGCAAUAGCGAAUCCAGAAGCUGCGAAAGUUUCCUCUAAACACAACAAGAAAGUGAACAGAAACGAGGUGAAUAUUGAAGUCCAUGAGAUUGGUGAGCAAGAUUUCUCGAUUCGGGUUGCGCAGGAGCAUACAAGAGAUGGAUUCAAGAGGUUGAUAGAAGCUGGGAAUAAAGACGGAAUUGCAUCUGAAAAUCUAAGAGAUUUACUGCUCCAGAUGAUAACAACUUCAGAGUCUGUAAAACAGAGUACAUAA